UCGGCUUAUGAGAGGAAGAUUAAUGAUGUGGAGAGUAUUAAGGAGAAGCCGGAUACGACGGAGAGGUUGGAUCAGUUGAGGGAGUUGAUGGCGAAGGAUACGUUGGAUUAUUAUGUUGUGCCUACUGAAGAUGCCCAUCAGUCUGAAUACGUCUCUGCGAGUGACAAGCGACGAGAGUUCAUCUCCGGAUUCGCGGGGUCAGCAGGCCAAGCAAUCGUAUCAAAAACAUCCGCAUAUCUGAUCACCGACUCGCGGUACUGGCUACAAGCUCAAGAACAGAUAGACGAGAAUUGGAAACUCAUUCCUGCCGGGAAAGCCGGCGAACCGAAGGAUUGGAUCGAGUGGAUUGGACGAGUCAAAGGAGCUAGGAUAGGCAUCGACGCACGCAUGCUCUCACACGAAAAAGCCACGCUGUUAAACACGAAACUCGCUCCACUGGAUUCUAAACUCGUUUACCCGCCUCAAAAUCUGGUUGACCUUGUAUGGAGGGAUAAACCGCCCAAACCUAAAGAACCUGUGUAUGAGCAGGGGACUGAGUUUACUGGAAAAGAUGCACAUUCCAAGCUUUCGGAGAUUAGACAUUGGAUAAGACAACAGCCUGCUUCUACCUCCACAUCCACGUUGGGACGCUCAUCACCAUACACAUUGAAUUUACGCGGCUCAGACAUCCCAUAUAACCCGCUCUUCCAUGCAUACCUGUUCGUAAGCCUCGACACGGCCGUCCUAUUCCUCGACUCGUCAAAAGUCGUGGAUCGCUUGUCGGAGUACUUAAAGAGGAUAGCGGUCGAACGGAGGGAUUAUACGGACUUGUGGCCGUUUUUGAGGAAGAGGGAGUGGGGUGAUGGCAAAAUACUCCUUUCGCCCCAGACGCCCUAUGCGAUAUCGUUGAUGUUGACGCAUUAUCGGUAUACGAUUGCGCCUUCGCAUAUUGAGCAUAUGAUGUCGAUUAAGAAUGAGACUGAGAUUGAGUGCAUGAAACGCGCGUAUUUAAGGGAUGGAGUUUCUUUUGUCCGUUUCCUAGCGUGGCUAGACCAAAAGCUCAACGACGGCUACGACAUCACAGAAUACGAAGCUGCGUCUCGAUUGACGGAGUUUAGGCGGAAGAACAAGAAUUUCAUGGGAUUGGCGUAUGAGAAUAUAUCAGCUAGUGGACCGAACGCUUCGUUGCCUCAUUAUUCGCCCAAGAGGUCUACGGCGAGGAUGAUUGAUCGGGAGACGCCUUAUCUCAAUGAUUCGGGAGGACAGUACAGGGACGGAACUUGUGAUACGACAAGGACUGUACAUUUCGGCCGACCGUCGGCGGAGCAGUCUGAGGCGUAUACUAGGGUGUUGCAAGGGCAUAUUGCGAUUGACAGUGCGAUUUUCCCGGAGGGUACGUCCGGCCAGCAGUUGGACGUGCUUGCUAGGAAGGCUUUAUGGAAGGAGGGGUUGAAUUACUUGCACGGAACGGGUCAUGGGUUUGGGUCAUUCCUGACUGUCCAUGAGGGCCCACAGAGCUUCUCGAGCAGCGUGCCGUUGGUUGCUGGUCACGUCAUUACUAACGAGCCUGGGUAUUAUAAUGAGGGUAGAUGGGGCAUGAGGAUUGAGAGUGCGCUUGUUGUUCGUCGUGUCAAGACGAAAGGCGAAUUCAACGGCGACACUUGGUUAGGCUUUGAGAGGCUUACUUGUGUGCCUAUACAAACUAGGAUGGUGAAGGAGAGUAUGUUGACCAAGGAGGAAAAGGCGUGGUUGAAGGAACAUAAUCAGCGUUGCUUGGAAAGGCUUUCUCCCCUUUUGAAGGAGGAUAAGCGGGCGAUGACGUGGCUGAAACGAGAGGCUGCACGUGGGAUUGGGUUGGCGCCUGCUGCGGGAGGCGUUAGCAUUGAAUGGGACUGAUACUGCUCAACCUCUGCGGGACUGAUACCCUACCUCCGCACAACCCCUGCGAUACCUACCUGGACACCCCACAGGACACACAGAACGAUUGGAUUGACAGGAUAUAUUUACGUUACCCUCCUCUUCCUCUUCUCACCCCCACUCCUCCUUUCUUUCUCCUGGAUACCUUCCCCAUCCCUCAUAGACGGGUCUCAUUCACGAUCUCACAGGAUAUUCUCUCGCAGAGGGAGUGCUUGCGAGUCUAUAGAAUCUCUUCUUCCCCUCCUCCUUCUCUUUCUUUUCCGUAUACUGAUCCCUAAUUUAAUCUUUUCUCUUC